ACAUAUUAAAGAAACGGCCGAGUCGCAAAAGCCUAAAUAAUGUAGUAAUGCUAAAAGAAUUUUGUGAUUUACCAAAUCAAAAGCCAUGGGAAAAUCUAAAAGAACCACCACGGUGGCUAGGUUAUUAUCCAGAGCAUACAAAAUAUCGUCAGUUACUUGAGUUAGUGCAGUAGUACAGCUGUAACCUUUACGAAAACCAGACUGAUAUUCUGGUAUCAAAUUAUUAAAAUUUAAGUAAUUCAGAUUUUGUUGUUCCAUAACACUUACAGAACGAAGUAUAUUAAAUUCAGUGGGGUUUUUUAUUUUGGGCAAAGAAAUGAUAUUAGCCUGCUUCCUUUUAUUUUAUUUCCUUUGCUUUUUAUAUUUUGUAGAACUUCAGUAACCACGUCCCGAGUAAUCAAAUUAAAUUCAAAUUCACAAGUAGAAAUUCUGUGUUGUUUAAAAAAAUUGACAAAUUCAUCAUUAGUGUUAUUAUUUCCAUUAUUUAUUAUUUCAAUUUUUUUCAAAUUAUAAGAUGGUGCGCCUCCUCAUUUUGCAAGACCUGUUCGAAACUAUCUGGAUACUAUUUUUCCAGGGAGAUGGAUUGGCAGGAGAGGACUUUUUGAAUGAUCGCCCGAUUUGACUCCGCUGCAUUUUUUCCUAAGGGGAUAUUUGAAAUCCAAAGUUUAUGUGACCAAGCCGGCAAAUAUUGAGCAGUUGAAAACUAGAAUAAGGCAAGAGUGUCGCAACAUUUCUCCAGAAUGCAUAGGAAACAUUCAAAAUGAAUUUGUAGUACGUUUAGGGCAUUGCCAAAUAGUAAAUAGUUUAAAUUUUGAACACUUAUUAAAGAAAAAGGUUUAAAAGAGCCCUCUUUAAGUUUAUGAAAUACGUUUUCUUUAACGCCCUGUAUCCUAAAAACAAUCGAAUAAAGGUAAAGUCGAAAUUAUACCCAUUUGUAAUGACGUCAUUUUUGUUUAUCUUUGUUUAGCAUAUUCCAAACAGCGGCGACAACAAACUUUUGAAAAAAAUUGGUGUCUGAUGAUAAUUCAUCUUUUAUAUACUAGGUUAUGUGAAAUAUCCGUCACUAUCAAUCAAAAAUAUUGGUUUGUCAACUUGUUCUUGAAAGUUAUUUCGAAAAGUGUUAGGUAAUGCCUAAAAAAAGACAUAAUAAGUAUAAUGAACAAUCGCAGCUGAUGAUUUUAAAUAUGUUGGCUUUUUUUCAACUGGAAAAGGAACAAGUCCGAAACGGAAUUGCACUUCAAAUUGAGAAUGUGAUACAGCGAGCCGCAGAUGCAACAAAAUUGAGCACAACAACGAUCGCAAAUAUAAAGAAGAAUGGGAUAAAAUCAGAUCAGGAUUGCGCAGCCCGUAUAUAUUCCAAGCAAAAGACAGCAAUAACCAAAAUUACAACAUAUUUGAAACAUAGAAUUCGGGACACAAUUUAUUCUAUGUAUGCCAGAAAAGAAUAUGUAAUAUUGGCAACAAUAAGAGAAAAGUUCAGGGAAGAAAUUGAAUAUUUUGAGUUUUCUAUUGACUCCUUAAGAAGAUGGAUCAAUAGUAUAGGCUUCAAGUGGAAAAAAUCAAAUAACAGAAAAUUUUUGAUGGACUUGCCAAAUAUUGUUCAUAAAAGAAUCAAUUUUUUAAGGAAGUAUAUCAAAAAUAGAAAUGUAGGUCCGGAAGGUUUUACUCCAGUUUUCAUUGACGAGACGUGGAUUUUUAGCAAGGGAUCAUUUCGUAGUAGCUGGCAAGAUGACACCAAGCACACGGAUUCAAGGAAAAAUAGUGAAGGUCAUCGUUAUAUCGUGGUCCACGCCGGAACCAAAGAUGGCUUCAUCAAGGGUGCAAAUUUAAUAUUCAAGAGUGGAUUAAAGACGGGAGAUUAUCAUGACAAUAUGAACAGGAAAAACUUCGAAAACUGGUUUAAAACUCAGCUGGUUCCAAAUCUUCCCCCAAAGUCAUUUAUAAUCAUGGACAAUGCAAGUUACCAUUCUGGUUUAUUAGAAGAAAUCCCGAGAAAAUCUUGGACAAAGCAGAGACUGACCAAAUGGUUGAAGAAAAAAAAAAUUGGCUUUCCAGAAAAAGCCAUGAAAGAUAAAAUAUGGAGUACUGCACGCAGACACUGCCCUAGUGAAAAAAAGUACUUUCUUGAUGAAUAUGUUAAACCUUUAGGACACAAAAUUUUGCGACUGCCAGCAUAUCAUUGCCAGUUUAAUGCAAUUGAAAUGGUAUGGUCGGAAUGUAAACGAAAAUAUGAUCAAUAUAUUUCCAAUUUUAAGGGGUCACCUUCAGAAGUUCUGACUACAUGGGAAAGGGUAAUAAACGAAAUUUCUAUAGAUCAUUGGCAAAAAUAUGUUUUUCAUACAGAAAAGGUAAUUGAAAAGGCUUGGGAGGCAAUACAAGUGUGUGAUGCCUAUGACAUUCUGCCACUUGUGAUUACGUUUGACGAAGAGGACGAUGACGAAGACAAUAUCUCUGAUUUCAGUUCUAACUCUGACAAUACUGACGAGAUUGAUUAAGCUUUUUUUGUUCUAGCAAAUUUUAUUUUAUGAUUGUCGUUUAAGUAUUUAAUCAUAUCGUUGCAAUUUCAUUAACUUGGUAAUGCAAUAUGGCGUGUUUUUUUUGAGUUUGUAUGUUUUAUUUUUUGGAACCUAUUUUCAUUUUAAUGUGUUAACAUAUUCCUUCAAGCAGCAUUUUUUUUCAUGAACAAGUAAAUUAAAUUGUCAGUAUUUAAAUUUUUCCCAGUGAGUUAAAAUAAUUUUAUACCAUUAUUCACAAUUUUUGUAAGCUCGGUUUUGUUACGUCUACUCUGCUCGUCGAAUUCUACUUUUCAAAUAUGUUGUAGAUUUGGUUUUGCGGUCUUUUACUUGGAAAAUAUAUGAGCAGCGUAAUCCUGAUUUUAUCCCAUUCUUCUUUAUAUUUGCGAUCGUUGUUGUGCUCAAUUUUGUUGCAUCUGCGGCUCGCUCUAUCACAUUCUCAAUUUGA